UGGAUGUGGAUGAAAAACAUGCAUCAUCUUCACACACAUCCUAUAAGGUUUAUUCUUCCUAUUGAUAACGUUGUAGAAUAGGUUUAAGUAUGAAAAAGCGAAAUGGGAUACGUUUAAUUUCUUGUGAAUCUAUGCAGUCUCUUUAUUAAUAAUGCUUAUACUGAAGUAAAAGUGUUAAAGGUUUAUUGGCCACUUGUCAAUAUCGGAUGUACUUCGUUGAUCUUUCUGCAAGCAAUUUUUUAUGAAAAAAAAAAUGAAAAUUUUUCUUGACAAUUUAAAAAAUCAUAGCAGAUCCAAUGGUUUGUUUUAAGCUUUAAUUCACAGAUUCGUGUCGCUUGUGACUAUAUUACAUAUUUCUUUGAUUUUUAGUUUUUCCAGCUGGUAUUCUUCAAUCGCCAUUUUUCAACAAAGAUGCACCUAAAUAUUUAAAUUAUGGUGGAGCAGUUAUCGGUCAUGAAAUCACUCAUGGUUUUGAUGAUAGUGGUCGUCAGUUUGAUAAAGAUGGAAAUCGUAUAUCUUGGUGGACUCCUGAAACUAUCGAUCGAUUUAUUGAGCGCAAAACAUGCAUAGUAGAUCAAUAUAGCAGAUAUGUUGUAGCUCAAAUCAAUCGAACACUAAAUGGGAAUCAAACUCAAGGUGAAAAUAUUGCUGAUAAUGGUGGAAUUAAAGAAUCAUUUUAUGUAAGCUCUAUUUUAAAUUUAUUUCAAGAAAGAAAGAAAAUAAAAGGAAUUGAUAUAAUGUUAAGUCAAAAAUUAUUUUCCUGUAGUCAUAUAAGAAAUUUUUAUCAGCAAAAGAUGAUAAAAGUUUUAUCUGGUUUAAAAAAUGAUUCUACUGAACAAUUUUUUUUUAUAUGGAAUGCUCGACUUCGUUGCUACCGGCAAUAUAAUAAUUGUCUGGGCUAUCUUAAACAAUUGAUUGAAAAACAAUCGCAUGGCUAUGCGAUCGAUGAUUUUCGGUAG